UUUACGUUUUCAGGCAUCUCUGGGCUGUUGACAGCAUAUGAGCUCCUUAAAAACAGUAACGAAACUAAUGUUUGUAUUUUGGAGAAAGAAAAUCGUCUUGGAGGGAAAAUAUUUGAUCACCGUUUUGCCGACGCUCCUAACGUCACAAUAGGUUGGUUUAUCUUUGUCUUCUAGCUUUUUGAAGUCCACCGUUAGUUUUCAGUUUGAUAAUAAGGAUAAUUCAGUUUAUGCAUUGAAAUGAAAACCCCUUUUGUCUUUUGCAAGUUGUACCUUAUAAUCAGGGUCCUGUUGUUCAAAAGUCGGAUAGUGCUAUCCACUGGAUAAAUCACUAACCAUCGGGAAAGUAUUAGGGAAACUAAUUGCGCUAUCCUAUGGAUAAAGAUUAUAGGUCACCUACCGCGAUAGGUUACCUAUUUCUAAAUAGGUCACCUACCGCGAUAGGUUACCUAUUUCUAAAUAGGUCACCUACCGCGAUAGGUUACCUAUUUCUAAAUAGGUCACCAUGGCGCUAUCCACCUAUUGAACAACUGGGGCCAUGUCUGGAAAAAUGUUCUUUUAAACUGCGUUAAAGGCUUAUAUGGACAAUCACAUUCGAUUUCUCAGUUUCUUCUUUGCCUAGCUCAUCAAUAGCAGGUGCAGUGUGUCAUGGAGCACUGGUACAACUUAGAUACAGAACACGAUAACUUCUGCUCAUAUGUUACAGAAAUUCACGUGGACUUCGCUGCUAAAAGGGAGGCUCUUUAAAUGAAAGAGUAUACUGAUUUAAUUUCCUCUUUAAGGCUCUUGGUAGCACAACAACAGCGAAAGAAAAUGCCGAAUACACACGCUUCUGCAAUUGUUAAUAUACUGUAAACUAAGAUCAACUCUUCCACUGAUAGUAACAGGAAAGUGCCAGGGAAGCAUUUAAUUUCCUUAGGGCUCGUGUCCCGUAAACUGUACAUCCUCAAGUAUUAUGGGAGCGUUGGAAUGUUAGUGUGGAGAGCCUGGUCAGAGGUUAAUUAACUGAGAACUGUAAAGGAAACCGUUCCUUGCUGCGCAGAUUUUAAUGAAAAAUUGUCCAUUUUUAAGCAAAAUGGCCGCAAAUACUAUACUGAGCUUCAAGGCAAAAUUGUUUUUGCUCCACAAAUUGCAUGGGCUGCUUUAGCAAGAACGCUUCUCGUCGCUCCCCAGCGCUGAACCCUUUAACGAAAUGAGAUCUCUCUCGCUACUCAACCCUGGAGGAGCCAAACAGGAGCAGUCUCUCUCCCUCCAAAAGACCUCAAGGCAAAGAAGUAACCAACUCUUAAAUAUCAUUGCAGGGCUUGGAGAGUGGCACCUUUAUGCCGAAAACGAUGAAAGGUAGGAGAAAGACUGAGUUAAGAUCAAGUUAGCCUCGUGUUCCGUCGUCAUUUUGUAAGGUUUACUAUUAACAUGCUCAGGAAUUGCUUUUUAAUGUAACUCCUAAAACUCGCUUUCCGGUAUUGUGUUGCGAUGCGGAUAUUGGUCAGUGUUUUUCGCUGCAUGGCUUUUGUAUUACGCCAAGAUACUAGAAAUAAAUGAAUGACGAUAGCAAUUUGCCAGCUAAAAUCACUGAGCAAAAGGGUUAUUUUUGUAUUAGUGCCGCUGUAUGUUUUUGCCGCGUUGCCAUGGUUACUGUACCCUGAUACAACUGAACCAGACAGUGCUUAUAUGGUUACUGAAGUCUCUGUUUUUAACGUAUUGAUUUGCUGCAAGGGUCAUGAGAAUGAUCAAAGCUUUGUAAACCAGGGAGGAAUAUAAAUUAAACAUCUGUUCAGACCUCGUGCUUCACAAUUCCCUCUCCCCAGGCUGUUUGAAUUUUACCAUCGAGAAGGCUGCAGGGGGGUGGGGGUGGUACUUUUUCUCGACAUGACUAAAUUCGCUUUUGGUAAUUCUUUUGAGUAUCAAAAUAGGAUCUUUUGCAGGUUUUCCUGCUUGUUCGUUCAAUGUUGUUACAAUCUCUCUUCCGUUGUACAGGCUAUACCUUUGUUUUAUAAAAAAAAGUGUCUGUAGCCAUGACUGAAGUUGAGAGUAACAGCUUAGUUCAAUAAAACCCCUUCAUUGCUUUCAGUACUCUUUGCCAUGAACUUAACCUAUGCAAUGACCCUGACGACUGGGACACAAGAAAAGUUCAUCGAGUUGAAGAUCGUGGAGUAUUUGUAGACAGUUUCGAUUCCUUGAAAUCAGGAGCAUUUCCAACGUUGCUUUACCGUACGCCAACGGACAACAUGACACUUUUGGAAACGACGAGCUUUGUUACUAAGGCAGAUCGUGGAAAUGUUAGUGAUCUUCCAACGGCAGGAAGAUUCCUAUCCACGUUACUGUCCCCUGAAGGAGCCAAAUGGAUGACAGAUGCAUACGGCUUAAAAGGUGACUACAUAGAAAAGAUAAACCCAAAAAGCUACAUAGAAUACCUCAAAAUAACGCUUCAAUAUUUAGAUGAAACGAGGGACCACGAUUUCAGGCCUAAAAGAGGAAUUUCAACGUUUGUUGAAAAUCUUAUUUCAAGAGUGCGAAAGCUAAAUGGAACAAUUUACCGUCAAGAGACAGUUACCUCUGUCAGCAAUGAAGGAAAUAAUUUUAUCCUUCUCACCUCGAACUUUACCGUUCAAGCAAAUAAAAUGGUCCUUACAGCUGGACCAGAAGCUCUGAAGAAAAUAAAAGGUAACGUCAUGCAAAACAUCACCAAUCAUGAUAUUUUUAAGUCCAUUGUAAGUGUGCCAGCUUUUCGUGGUGCAGCGGUGUACCAAACUGCAUGGUGGAAUGAUUCUGUCGCCUUACAAAAGAACAAUUCACUUCAGAAUCUGCAGAGGUUCAUUUCUAACAGCAACUGUCUUGGAAUCACUAUGCCUUACAAGUAAGUGCUAUUCAAAAACAAGUAAUGGAUGUAAUAGUACUUAGCGAGUCUGUAAUAAAUACUUAUGUCAGCACUCGUUUUAUAAUCUCUCGGGCCUACGAGUUAGGCCCGGUUCAGACGCCCCUCCACUCAUGUGCCCAACCUAACUGAUGUAUUAAGUAAGGCAAAAGAGCGGUGUCUGAAUCGAAUUUGGUACGGCAGUUUUAGUUUGGUGCGGCAAAAGCGUUAAGUUCGACAGAGUCUGUCGAACUUGACUUAAGAUUGAUUUCCACUGUCGCGUAAUUUUUACAUGCGUACGCAUGUAAAUUUUACGCUCGUGAAUGAAAUAGAGACAAUAUAUGGAAGGUCACGCAUAAAUGUAAAAGUUGAACCUCGCUCAACUUUCACGUUUACGCGUGGCCUUUCGUACAUUGCCUCUAUUUCAUUUACGCGCGUAAAUUUUACGUGCGUUCGCACGGAAAAAUUACGCGACAGUGGAAAUCAACCCUAGGCUCGACACACGGCAGGGGCACCCAAUGACUGAAAUAUAUGUUCGGAGAAGCAAAUAUUGCCUAGAAUUUUCUGUUUCUCGGGGACGGCUAAAAAUUGAUCAAUGUGCAAUUUUCGAAGCUUAUCUAAUAAAUUCCCUACGAUUUUCUGAAGUUUAAUUUUUCACAUUUCAUCCCCAGGUUAGGCUAUUUUUCAUACAAAAAAGGGGCUAAAAACUUUCGGAUAACAAAAAUUGUGAUGAAGAGAGAGAUCAGAAAAAUUCUCAUUUUCGUAAUAAUUCAAAUUGCCUCUAAAAUUUUCGGAAAAAUAAUACUAACGCCCUUGUAAUUUCGAAAAGACUCAAGUUCCCCAGGGUUACCGAACAGGAACAAAUUUUCUAGCGCCGCUUAGAAUGCAUUUCUAGCGGGUCUAAACGUACUCUGGAUAACUUUAAAAGUGUUUUCAAUGUAUUUAGGAGGAAACCGUCGUUGGGUGCUCCUGACACGGUGCGCCGUUUGAAUCAGAUGUCGAGCCAAUGUCGUCCCAAAUUCGAACUUAUUAAAUUAGGUUUGGCGCAUGAAAAGUACGGCGUCUGAACGACGCCUUAGUUCUCUUCAGUAAGAGUCGACACUUAACCCGUCAACGGCAGCCAACACAUUUCAAUCCACUUAGCAACCAGGCCCCAGUAGUCAAAAAGGUGGAUAGCGCUAUCCAUCGGAUAAAUCUCUAUCCAGCUGAUAAGUAUUAGGGAAACCAGCUGCACUAUCCAGUGGAUAGAAAUUUAUCCGCUGGAUAGCGCUAUCCACCUUUUGAACAACUGGGGCCUAACACCGAUACCUGUCAAUCGAAAGGUAGCGGAGUAGUUCCUGAUCCCAGCAGGAUUAGCUCAGUAGGUAGAGCGCCUGGCUGCAGAGCGGUAGGUCGUGUGUUUGAUUCCCGGGGCCAACGGACCAAUGCUCAGGACCUUAACUGACACAUAAAGGUGCCUUUGUCUGGCACACGGCUAAACCUUCGCGUUCCGGGAUAACCACGUAAAAUGCCGGUCUCGUUUCUCUUGCCAUUUUCCCUUACUGCGCCUGGCUGGUUUUUUCACUGGUAUUGUACGGAAUGUACUCUUACUCCUUGACUAGAAUCAUCAUUGCUUUUAUUUGUUACAGGAGUUCUCAUAACAAUGGCACGGCAGUGCUGCAUACCAUAGCCAACAAUGGCGGAUGUAGUGACAACUGGGGAAACAUCUUGAAGGUCAGCAAGGAUGCUGUUGAUAAGGAAAUAAAAAGAGCUUUGGAAUACAAGUUUCAAAGAGAAAUCCCAGAACCACUGGAUACUGCUUACAAAUACUGGGAAGAAGGAUUCUGGUAAGAAAGUCAAGAAAAUUAUUGCUUGUAAGCCUGAUCUGGAAAAGAAACGGUCACCUCCUCAUCAACCAGAUUUUUUUUCUGUAGUUCUCUACUGCUAGAACGUUGUAUGCUUAAGAUCAGUGUUUGUGACUAACUCAUGACCUCUACACUGAAGAGGUGGUGGUGAGGAGAAGAAAGGCUAGCGCCCAAUCCUCUUAUACAGAAAGUCUCCGACUUUACAGGCUAUAUUAUGAGUAUUAUUCGCUUUAUUAAAUAGUAUGUUGUUGAUAGAAAGAUUGGGUAUUAAAUAAGGGAUACAAAAACAUUAUUUAGCUUUAAGAUAUUGUGGAUAUUACGGCCACACAACCCCCGGCCUGACCCUCCACAACUGGGGCCUUCCCAAGACAAAGACAUCAGAAAGAAGCAAAAAAUUAAGGCGAAACGUCCCAGGUAAUUAUAAUGGCACAAGGUAACAAACCCACUUACCGACUUAGUAGGUCACUAGUUGCUAAAUUUUCAGAUUGCCGUCACAAUCGCACUUGCGUUAAACUCAGUUAUAUUUGAUAUACGGCUGGAUAAAUCACAUCCUGGCCAUGACGGUCUUGCCCAUGCUGUCAGGUAAUGAAACUGCGAUAUAUAGGCCACACUAAGAGGGGCGUUACCAAUUGUAAGAGCUUCUAAAUCUUUUCCGGAUUUUUAAUUUUAUUGUAGGUUUUUUCAGAAGCCGGGAACCAACUUUUCCUUAAGCGACCUACGUGAAUGGGCCAAGAAACCGCUGGAUGGAAAUCAGAACCGCGUGUUCUUGGUUGGGCGAGCAUUUUACCAAUUUGGUGGAUUGCUCCAGGAUGAUAUUAGAUCUACUGCCAAAGCCUUAAAACAGGGAUGGAAUCUAAAACUGGAAGCAUCCGGCGACGAAAAUAUGUGA